UUCAAAUUUAUAUCAGCCAGGAAAACUGUGGUUUGUGUUUAAUAUUGUGGAGUUCCCUGCCAGUCCCCCUAGACCAGUCUCACGGAAAGGCGUGUGUACAGGGUGGCUUGCUGAGUUAGUUGCACCUUUACUGCAGCCCAGUAGAACCACUCUGGAUACAAAAGGAGGAAGCUCUUCAACUGAAAAGAUAACUAUUUUUCAUCGUCCAACCAAUGCUUUCCACUUACCUGCAGACCCAUCUGUCCCAUUCAUGAUGGUUGGUCCAGGAACAGGAAUUGCACCAUUUAUUGGUUUCCUACAACACAGGCAAAAGCUGAGAGAAGAAAACGCGGACUGGGAAUUUGGAGAGACGUGGCUGUUUUUUGGUUGUCGGCAUCAGGAUCGAGACUAUUUGUUCAAAGAUGAGCUCAGAUGUUUUCUUGAAAAUGGCACUUUAACUCAUCUCAAGGUUUGUUUCUCAAGGGACCCUUCAACUGCAGCAGUAGCUCCGCCUAAAUAUGUGCAAGAUGUCAUUAGGCUUUGUGCUAAGGAAGUUGCCAGAGUCCUAGAUAAAAAGCACAUGGCUGAUGGUGUAAGUGAUGCUGUAGUGGACAUUUUAAGCAUGGAAAUGGAAAUUGACAAAUUAGAAGCGAUGAAAAUCCUAGCCAUGCUUCGAGAAGCAAAACGAUAUUUGCAGGACGUUUGGAGCUAA